AUGUCUCAGAUAGGCCUGCUUGUCGCAGAAGGCAUUGAUUUCCUCGAAAUCAGUGGCGGCACAUAUGAGAACCCAAGAAUGGUCGAGGGUGAUAAGUCACAGACAGUACAGAAGAGUGUACGAACCGCAGCUCGCGAGGCCUUCUUCAUUGACUUUGCGAAAGAGACUCGCAAGCGGUAUCCAAAUCUAGUUCUGAUGUUGACCGGCGGUUUUCGCAGUCGAUCUGGUGCAGAGGCCGCGAUCAAAGAGAACGCCUGUGAUAUAGUCGGUAUAGCGCGUCCAGCGGCUGUUUAUCCUAACUUCCCGAAACUGCUUUUAGAGGAAAGCAAAUCAUAUGAGGAUGCACAUAUCACACUGAGUCGAGUACAACCUGGCUUCCUUCCCAAGCUCCUUCGUAGCCAAAUUCUAGGUGCAGGUGCUGAGACUACUUUCUAUGCUAACCAGAUUCACCGAUUAGCGAAGGGGAAGACCCCAUUCGCUCCUGCCUCUGUAUAG